CAGCUGGUCAUGGACAGCGCUUCCCUUCCUACUCUUUCAGAAAUUCGGGUGGCGGCCAUGGGGAAGUCUAAACGAGCCAAGGACCUAACGCAUGAGGAGAUCUGGGAUGAUUCUGCCUUGGUGCGAUCGUGGGACGACGCAGUUGAGGAAUACCAGCUCUACCACAGCAUUCAAGCGAAGGGUGAAAAUGUUGAAGAUGUCUUGAGACAGGCGGAGGAGGCAGGCCUUGCCGAUGAGGAUGGUGCCCUUGUCACAGGAGAGGAUGCUGCUGGCGAUGUCUCUAUGGAGGUCGAGACCGACGAGGACGGAACAGCUACCGGCUCCGCAUCGCAGCUCCCACAGUCUGUCACUCAAGCACCACAGCAGUCUACUGAAAAGGGGCCACCUCCCGCAGCUGCCCCAGGCCCAACGUCCUCAAUUGGUAACAUGCCAAUGCCUGAAGCGCUUCUAUCUCAAGUUCAAGACGAAACUUUGAAACGUCUCAUGAUGUCCUGGUAUUUUGCGGGCUACUACACCGGUCUCUACGAAGGUCAACAACAAGCCAACCAGGGAAAGAGCUGA